CGGGAGAUGUGUGUGUGUGAGAAUAUGAGUGUGUAGGGAAGUAUGAGCAGCUGUGUAGCCCGAACUCUGAAAGGGAUUAACGAAUAGUACAAAGAAAAAGGCCAUAAACAGCAUGAUGGAUGCGUAUAGUCAAACCCCUCUCCUGUUCCUGGCAUUUCUCCAGAAAAGCUCUUGCCUGAACAGUGAGUUGCAGAGGGAGCUGGAGAAGCUGUGCUAUGCAGUGAAACAAGUCCUUGACACAGACAUCGAAUGUGAUGGGGAGCUUCAAACAGAUGGACACUCAUUUCAGACAGGUCUACUACAAGAUGUCCCUGAAAUUGGUAUCGUAUUACCAGUGCCUGCUGAAGAAGCAGAAGCAGUAAGGGAAGUGGCUCAGGAGCUUAUUAGAAUGGCAGAUGAAUUCAAUCACCUCAUUGUCUCUCAAGUGGCUGAGCAUCUGACCAAGAAACUCAGCAAGUCUUCUCAAGAGUGCUGGUGGAACUGCUUGUCUCAGGGUGUUGACCGCUUACUCAAGGACGUGCCUGGUGUGCACAGCGAGCAAAUGGUGAUGGCGCUCACCUUCACCGUGGUGAGGGCAAUCUGUGACCGUGCCCCUCGUCUGCUUCGCGACCUCUGUAACACCCUGAUGCAGUACACAGACCUGCAGUAGACCUCAGUGACGCGUUUCAUUUACUGCCAAGUGUUGCCUAAAUCUUUAAACUGAUGUUUGUUUGUUUACAAAUUUUACAUGUUUCCUUUUUUUCUUAGUAGAUGAAUAUACAUAAUGUUUUUUUGUUUCAUGUGUGAAUCUUUUUUCCUGAUGUUUGAAUUUAUUGUUAAAAAGUAAAAACAAAUGGAUGAAUUGUAAUUUUUUUUUUACUUUUUUUAUAUAAACAAAUAUAUAAUUUAACAUCUUUAACUAAAUGCAUUGUAAAUUACAAACCUUGAAUUUU